CCUCAAAAAACCUAAACAGGCAAUUGGCCUGUCCAAUUCUUCCCCAAAUCAUCAAAAAUGUCAACAACUCCUACUAUAGAUUCUUGUAUAGUGGAAACCAGUGAUGGGGUUAAGCUCCAUACCACAAUUUUCAAACCAAACCCAUAUGAAAAUGAAGAAGAAGAAGGAUUAGGGGAAGAAAUAAGCAAAAAUAGCUCAUGGGUGGUGGUUUUAGUUCAUCCAUAUUCAAUAUUAGGUGGUUGUCAGAGUCUAUUGAGAGGAAUAGCAAGUGGGUUAUCAAGAAAAGGGUAUAAAGUUUUGACCUUUGAUAUGAGAGGUGUUGGAAGAUCAACUGGGAAGCCUUCUAUUACUGGGUUUAAAGAAAUUAAGGAUGUGGUGGCUGUUUGUAAAUGGGGUUGUGAAAAUCUAUCUGUCAACAAGAUUUUGUUGGUGGGUUCUUCUGCAGGUGCACCAAUAGCAGGCUCUGCUGUGGAUCAGGUUGAACAGAUUGUAGGCUAUGUAAGUAUUGGUUACCCUUUUGGUUUAUUGGCAUCAGUCCUCUUCGGGCGACAUCACCAAAACGUAUUGAAGUCACCUAAACCAAAGCUCUUCAUCAUGGGGACACAAGACGGAUUCACCACCGUGAAACAACUGAACAAUAAGCUUAAAUCUGCAGCAGGACGUGUCGAAACUCAUCUAAUUGAAGGUAUUGGCCAUUUUGAGUUGGAGAGCCAUGCCUAUGAUUCCCAGAUGGUAAUUUUUAUUGCAGAAUUCAUCAACUCUUUGUAGUCCUCACGACGCUGGCCUUUGCACGGUAAGUAUUUACGACAUAAUGUGAUCCCCUAUCAACGAAAUCCAAUUUUCAACACGCGGUUUAGUAUCAUAAACUGGUGUUUUCUAGCUGAAUGACAAAUGAGAAAGAUGGAGUUGAGGUUUGAUAGAGAACAUAUAUGGUAGGGUUUCGAUAGAACUCAAUAGCUUUGGCCUUACCAUCGUCUUUAUCUCGUUGAAUUGUUCAUUUAUUUAUAACUUGCUUUUAGUUUAGGAUUUUUUUUUGUGUUCGAAAACAAAUUGAUCGUUACAUUAGAUUUUGUUAUAAUUUUCAUUAUCAAGACAAGAUCGAAAAAGAAUAGUUAAUAGCAUUGCUUAUGUGUUUCUUUUU